CUGUCAGUUUCUUCCCUGCUCCGAGCUCCUGAGCGCCCAGCGAUGAUCCAGGCGUGAGUCGUGAAGGUACACAGACGGACUGAUCGUCCGCUAUUGCAGGAAAAGCAGCCUGUCCUGCUAAUGUUUCAACAUCAGCUGUGGUUCUAAGCAUCACCUCAGGAGGUUCUACACAGAGCAACAUGCCGCACCUCACUGUGCUCCUCCUCCUCCUGUCCCUCACUCUCCCUUCCACUGAUGCAUCUGUCUUCGGAGGGGAACCUGUCUUCUACGGAGACGAUGCUACAGGUUACGGGCCGGUGUUUGAGGAUCAGCCAGUCGAAACCAUCUACCCCGAGGAGUCGCCUGAGGCCAAAAUCACCAUGAGCUGUCGAGCACGAGCCAACCCACCUGCCACAUACCAGUGGAGGUUGAACAGCUGGGAGAUAGACCUGGACGGUGAUAACCAUUACACCAUGGUCGGGGGCAACCUGGUCAUCUCUAACCCCAUUAAGAACAAACACGUUGGGAAUUACUCCUGUGUGGCCUCCAACGACUACGGCACCGUGGUCAGCCGAGAGGCCGUUGUCCAGUUUGGAUACCUGGACUUCUUCUCGUCUGAGGAAAGAGAGGCGGUGUACGUGAAGGAGGGGCAGGGGGCAGUCCUGCUUUGCGCUCCUCCCCCACACUACCCAGACGAGCUGUCAUUCCGCUGGAUUCUGAAUGAGUUCCCUAUCUUCAUCAUGCUGGAUAAACGUCGAUUCGUCUCCCAGACUACAGGGAACCUCUACAUCUCUAAGGUGGACUCAUCAGACAGUGGCAACUACUCCUGCUUCGUCUCCAGUGCAUCCAUCGCCAAGAGCGUCUUCAGCAAGUUCAUCCCCCUCGUCCCCCUGGCUGAACGUCCAAUCAGGAAGUACCCUGCUGACAUCAAAGUCAAGUUCCCAGACACCUACGCACUGGUGGGACAGAAUGUCACACUGGAAUGCUUCGCCCUGGGAAACCCCAUCCCUCAGAUCCGCUGGAGGAAGAUGAACGGAGAGCUGCCGUCCAAUCACGACAUCAGCAUGGCGGGGGCCCACCUCCACCUGUACAACGUGCAGUAUGAGGACGAGGGGACAUACGAGUGUGAGGCCCUCAAUUCCAAAGGGAAGGACUGGCACAAGGCACACCUCUCUGUAGAAGCAUUCCCGGAGUGGACAGAGUCCAUCAACAGUACAGAGAAGGACAUCAGUAGUAAAUACACCAUGUCCUGUGUGGCUAGCGGCAAGCCCAAACCCCACGUCCACUGGCUCAAGAACAGCUAUGCCUACAAUAAGCAUGAUCUGAAGUUCAAUGGUCUGACGUUUGAGGACUCUGGGAUGUACCAGUGUAUAGCAGAGAAUCGCCAUGGAGUCAUCUAUGCUAACGCAGAGCUGCGAGUGAUUGCGUGUGCACCUACGUUUGAGCACAACCCUGUGAAGAGGAGGAUCCUGGGAGCUAAGAAUGGCAGAGUGGUCAUAGAGUGUAAACCUAAAGCAGCUCCCAAACCCUCGUUCUCCUGGAGCAAGGGCACUGAACUGCUCUUCAACUCUACCAGGGUGUUAAUCUGGGAGGAUGGUAGUCUGGAAAUUCUGAAUGUGACCAAAGCAGACGAGGGGCGUUACACCUGCUUUGCUGAGAAUGAUCAGGGCAAGGCCAACAGCACAGGCUCCCUCUCCAUCACAGAGGCCACUAAGAUCACCUUGGCUCCGUCCAACGCAGACGUGAUGGUGGGGGAGAGCGCCCACAUGCAGUGUGCCGCGUCACAUGACGCCACGCUGGACAUCACAUUUGUCUGGACCCUGGACACCCACGCCAUCGACUUCGACCGGGAGGGAUCCCACUAUGAACGCAACCCAAAUGGCGCUUCCAGUGGAGAGCUGCUCAUUAAGAACACCCAGCUGAAGCACUCUGGACGUUACACCUGCACCGCCCAGACCCCUGUGGACAACGUCACCGCAUCCGCCGAUCUGGUCGUCAGAGGUCCCCCUGGGUCCCCAGGUGGGGUGCGUGUGGAGGAGAUCAGGGAUAAGAGUGUGCGUCUGACCUGGAGCCGAGGUACAGACAAUCACAGCCCCAUCUCUAAAUACACUGUCCAGUGCCGGGACUCCUUCUCUCAGGAGGACUGGAGAGACGCCACCACAUCCCCUCCGGAUGUGGAGGGAAAUGCAGAGACAGCCACGGUGGUGGACUUGUUUCCCUGGACAGAGUAUGAGUUCAGGGUGAUAGCCACCAACACCCUGGGGACAGGAGACCCCAGCGGCCCCUCUCCCAAAGUCACCACGCUGGAGGCAGUUCCCGUGGUGGCUCCCUCGGACAUCGGCGGCGGUGGCGGGACCAGCAGGGAGCUGGCCAUCACUUGGACGCCAGUGCAGCCACAGUACUACUAUGGACGUAACUUUGGCUACAUCAUCGCCUUUAAGCCCCGGGAUGACGACGAGUGGAGGAAGGUGACUGUGGCAGACCCCGAGGCUAAACACUACGUCCACAAAGACUCCUCCAUCCCCGCCUCCACAGAGUUCCAGGUCAAAGUCAAGGCCUUCAACAGCAAAGGAGAAGGACCCUAUAGUCUCACGGCUGUCAUCUACUCUGCACAGGAUGUGCCAUCUGAAGCCCCUUCUAGUGUGGAGGCCAGGGCGCUGUCUGCCACUGAGGCCAUCGUGUGGUGGCUUCCUGUCACCCAGCACACUGUAGAAGGCUACCAGGUGCGGUACUGGAGGAAGGCGGAGGACAGCGAGACGUCCAGUCAGAGGGUGGUGGUGUCCAGCAGAGAGAACCAGACCAGGCUGGAUAAUAUGAGGCCAGACUCCCACUACCUCAUAGAGGUCAAGGCCUACAAUGCAGCUGGAUACGGACCCCCCAGCCAACACUUCCAGAUCUACACCAAGAAAGCCCCCCCAAGCCGGCCUCCUAAAAUAAUCAGUAAAAAGCUGAAAGGCACAUCAGUGAAUAUCGCCUGGGAACACGUUGAACCCUUGGCCAACGAGUCAACAAUAGAUGGCUACAAGGUCCUGUACAGGCAGGCUGGCAAAUCCACUGGGAUGCUGUUUACCACUGGGAAGCGGUCCAUAGACCUGCCCAUGCACAAGGACGGGGACUACGUAGUGGAGGUCAGGGCUCACAGCGAGGGAGGGGAUGGGGCUGUGGCCCAAAUACGCAUCUCAGGUGGAGGCGUCAUGGCUGCCAAGUCCCUCAGCUUGGCCUCCCUGCUCCUGGUGGCUCUGUUCUGCCUGAUGGGCCUCUGAAUGUAGCGCCAUCUUUGUCUUCACUGUCCAGUCCAGUGAAGGAGACUCUGUGAAGUUGACGCCUAUCUAUGACAACUUUGGUUUCCACAAUCUUUGGUGUCACCCUGCAGGGCAAAAGUCCAUAUUCCCCUCUCGAGGAAUAAGGCUCUGUUUGUGGAAAAAGACACAAUACAAAAUUUGAACAAAGAAGACAUCUGGGAUAUCUCUUAUUUAAUACCUACAAUAUCUUUGAAGGAGGAGCGUCAAAGGAGGUCUUUCAACUUUUUCAAUAUGCCUUAUAUGUAAACGGUUACACUUAUCUUUCACAAUGCCAUGACUUGCUCUUGACUGGGUGAGGUGUGAGUGCAUAGGUACUGCACAAAGAUUGCAGAUAACUGUUUUAAAAAAUAUUGUGAUACAGGCCUUUCUUGUUCAUUCAUGAAGGUACAGCAGCUUCAAAGUGUGUGUUUCAUUUGAUGUAUGACAUUAUGGACAAUUGUUACAACAUAGCAUUCCAUAUAUACUGUAAGUAUAAUCUUAGCAGGUAAUAUAGUUGUGAAGGAUAAGUGUAUGAGUUUAUGAAAUUGUCUUUAUGUGUUUUAAUUGCAUUUCGGUGGCUUUUUAUUUUCUUUUCAAGAUGAAUUACACCAUCCCCUUACAGAGAUACAGUCAACUCAAAUCUCUACUCAUGGUCCCCGGCAUACUCCGAUUUUUCUUAUCAAACAUCAUCAGACAAAAGAGCAAUUUAUGUCAUGCUAAUAUAAUAUAUGCAAUAAUUUAUAUGGUUUUGCUAUCUAAUAAGUACGUAUAGCCAGUACAUAUAGCUUACUAUUAACGCUUUAACUUGUUUGUUCAGAGAAACAUUGAUUUUUAUCUCCCCAAAACAUGCUUAUUUCCAACUCAUAACAUUAUCUAAAUUAAUAGGAGACCAGUUUACAAGUGUUUGCAUGUAGACAUUGUUAUCUGAAAGAGUUUCCUGACAAAACAAGAUAAACUUCUCAGCCAGAGUGAUGCGUGCAUUUUUAGCACAUGUAUAUCUGUGUAUGUAAAGUUGAAUGUAUUAAUAAACUGUGGGAACAAGAAAUUAGCUUGAAAACAUAUCAGACCUGCAGUUUGUAUAUAUCCAUAAAAAUGAUGCUGAUUCAUGAUUUCGACUGGCUGAUAAAAGCUGCCUGCCUGUAUGUCUCGUCCGGAACAUUCAUUACUAUGCGACAGCUGGAGAUCGAAUUUGAAUAUUAAAACAAUGUUGCAAAUAUUGGAGAGACAGACAGCAGGGUUUAUUCAAA